UUUUGGACACUAUCUUUGGUUGUAGUGAGCUUGCUCAUCAAAUUUGAAAUCGUUAUCAUCGGAUUAUGGCUAUUACACGUUCAGGCAAUGGUAUAUAUGAAAUGCUUCAAAGUUGGUGGAAUCAGACUUCUCUUGAUAAUGCAGUGGGAAUUAUAAGACUUAUGCAUCCAUUUCUUAUUUGCUGGGGCAUUUGGGAGGAACAGAAUAGGAGAGUUUCUAAAGAACAGUCACCUGGAGCACGUUGUGCUGAUUCCAAUGGCUGGACUGAGAACUUAGCCAAACAGCCAAACUGUAAUGAAGCAAAUGAAAAUUCUGAAGGAGGUUGUACAGAGAACGGGAUUUGCUCCCAUGAGGUUCUUGAUGAUGGGGAAUCCUGUCUUGGUUCUAAAGCAGCUCAUAAUAAGAUGAUACGGAAGGCAUCAUUUAAACUUGCAUGGUGUUGCAAAGGUGAGAAUAGUGAUCAACACAAACAUGACAUUGUCUCUUUUGAAAGAGGAAAUAUUGCAACUGCAGAGCGCAGCAGUAAACAGGUAUUUCUUGUGCUGUUUACAUAUAGAUCUUUAAUUGCCACAACAUUAUGAAUCAUUAGCCUUAGAUUAUGUUUGGAUUGAGAGAAUGUAGUGGAAAAGGAAGGAAAGCAUGGAAUGUUCAUUAUUUUUUUUGCUUAUUUGGGUAAUAAAUUAUAGAAAAAGGAAAUUGUAUGGGUUUACAAUUUCUAUUAAUAUAGGGUGUAUAAUUGAUAGUAUUUUUAUAAAUAAUCAUUAUCUUCCUUUUACGCAUGUAAAUCAAGUGAAGUAUUAAAAAAUGUUUCUUUUAUUUCAUUUUUCGAUUUUUAGUUGUCCAAAUAAAGGGUCUUUCUAUCCUUUAAAAAUAAACGUUCUCUUUCUUCAUUCAUUUAUUAAUUUUUAUCCAAACAUGUGGUUAGACUUAAUUGCAAAACUACUUUUUUUUUUUUAAGAAACAAAACCUCCUCCAGUUUUAGCAGAAGAUACAGUUGUGUCCAAUUUAUGUGAUGGAAAUUGGCAGACUUUGGAAAACAAAAUAGUAUUAUAAAACACAACCUAACAAAAUGACACA